CAGCUCUGCGCAUUGCUCCACACUCCAACUGUCCCGUCAGAAGCUCAAGGUCCAAGGGAGGAAUGAGAGAAAAUCACAAGGAGAUUCCUUCUAACAAACAGAUGGUGGGGUGUGUGAAUACUUCCAUGAGGCAACUGAUAAUGGAAAUUGCAGCAUGAAUUUGAGAAGUAUCUGCCUGCCUAUCUAUCUGCCCAGCCUUUUAGGAUACAAAUUCUUCUAGAGAGGCUUGCAGGUAACAUUAAGCUACCUUCUUAAAACCCCCCAAAUAUCUUGGGUGUUCAGUUUGAUAGAGGGGGUGCUCUUGAUAGCUCUGGUGGCAUUGGUGUGUCAGCUCCUAAGCUGUGACAUCCCCCCUUCCCCACAGAGAAGGGGCACCUGGGACCUUUGUCAUUCAACUCCCAUCCUAUGCUGAAGAGGCACCACUUCAUCCUGGCCUUUGAUACCUGUGAAAUAUAUAUUUUAGGACCCACCCUAUUCUUCUGAUUGUAAAUGAUUUCCAGUGAUUAUAAUAUUGUUGCAAACUGUGCAGCUACCUGUUGAUGAAGGCUGGCAAGAAAUUUGAUAGAUAAAUAAAUAAAUAAAUAAAGUCAACAGCAUCUUUUGUACAGGGCAGUUGAUGGAUUUGUUUUGUUAAAUUUCAAUUUUCCACCCACUGCACUUCAAUGAUUUUGACACCACUCUCAGUGAUUGAGCAAAUAUUUGUAUAUUGGUGACUGGUGUAGAGAAUUGUCCCCUCUCUUUCAGGAUAGCAGCACUCAGGGUGCAUAAUAGAGAAAUAAAAGCAGAGUUUAAUUAUGUAAGUAAUCAAUGGGGGUGGGGUCAGAGUCUGGAAUGGCUUCCAGGGGGUGUAUGGCUGCAGCUACUGCUUCAUCGUCAUUUUGGCUUUGGUGAAGGCAUGUGUUGAGCUCUGAUACUUGCUGCUGUUGGCAAGAGACUGAUGGCCCAAAUGACCGCACUGAACUCUGUUUUGGGUGAAGAGUCUAACCAACUGCAAUGGAGCAUCCAUCAUGUCCCUGGACAGAUACCUCUCCCAGCCCCCAGCCCCCAUUUGCUUAUCUCAAGGUGGGUCAGUUUAAUUGUGUGGCAUUUCAGGAGUGGAGGAAAUAAAGCAGGAAUGCAAAAAGCUAAGAGCAUAAUGAAUGAGAGCGCCUCAUCCUGUCAAGUGAUUAGUUCCUCAGAUAAUCCAUUCACAUCAGCAUCACAAGCAGGAAGUCAUGAGGCUCUCAGCAGUGAUGGGGAUGGUUCUCUUGUGUGGCUGCCCUGCUCGAGUGCUUAGUCAUCUCCUUGUCUGAGGUGAAGCCAAGGCCCACCCACUGCCCAGUCCAGGAUGAAAGGGGAACAAUGAAGUGCUGGCGGUUCUGUCCCAAGGAAGUAAUUCCUCUCCACCUUGCCCUCUCCCCAAGGAUAAAGGCAAAGUUCCAGUCGAGAAACACAGCAGCCCCAGAGAACAAUAGUGAGCAGUGGGAAAGGGCUUGUUUUCCAGUUUGGGGCUUUUAUUUCCUCACGAUUCAGAAAGUCCAGAGUGAGUCACUUUGGUGUUGGGGUGGUACUUUUGUGUGUGUGCACAUUCCUUUGUGCUCAAGCCAGACUUGAUCAGCCUGGGUCACAUGCCAAGGGAUUACCUGGCAAAGAGGCUAUUCCUACUUGAGGGCCAAGGCGGGAGGCCAACAGGCAGGUUUCCAAGUGGGGGCACAUGCCAAACAGCUCCUGCCUCUGCUGCCUGGUGGAGCAGGAUUCCUCCAUCAACAGGGCAGCAGUUCUGUGGGUCAAAUGAGGUUUCACCUGGCAAAGCUUGCUUUGAACAUUUGGGCCACUCAGCAAACACUGUUCUACAGCAGGCUCAAACCUCAUGAGCCACCCACAAACUUGCCUGCUCUCCUCAUUUACCUUUUUUUGCUAGAAAUUGUUGUCAGCCACUUUUUAAAAUUCACAAAGCAAGAGUGCAAACUCACAAAGAGGAGAGUUCUGAUGGGCAAGAGUGAGCUGUGCUCAGAAAUCCUGAUUCUGCAACUCUUGCUAAAGGUCACAAUGAUUGUCUUGUUGGAUCAGGUAGUACCGUAGCUAGUCAGGUCCUGUGUGCUUUGCCAGGAUUCUAGCAACCUGCAAACAUUUGAAGUUUGUUGGUGCUGACCCUGGGAAUUAAGGAAAAGGAAGGCUGGCACCUUUGUAGUGCUCGGAAAGAGCCAAGGCAGAUGGGGAAUGGAGAAGCUUAGUCCUAGAAUAAUAUAAUUGUAGAGUUGGAAGGGACCAUGAGGAUCAUCUAGCCCAACCCCCUGCAAUGCAGGAAUGUUUUGUCCAAUGGGCAUGGGAGUAGCCAGGAUUUUUGUUAGAGGGGGACAGAACCAUCAUGAUUGGUCAGUUAGUUAUUUCCAUUGUUUUACUUGAUCGGGGGGGGGGGGUUAGCUGCCCCUGCCCCCCAUUAGCUAUGCCCAUGCCAAUGGGGGACUGAAACCCACAACCUGAGAUUAAGAGUCUCAUACCCUACAGACUGAGCUAUCCUGCCUCUGCUUUAAAAUGCAAGAGGAAGAGAAGAACACAGCUGAUGGGGCACCUGGAAGCAGAGGCAGCACAAUGAGCAGAAACUGUGCCAUGCAAUCAAUGGUGGUCACUUGUGUUUGUUGUUAAUUCAUUGCUAUGCUUCUUAAUUAACUGCUUGAUUCAGUUUAUAAACCAUCUGUACACAUUUAUUAUGCUGACUCCAGCAGGAGUACAAAUCUGCUUCUCCCUUAGUUCAGAACUGUGGGUGUUACAGGUAGUCCAGCCUCAGUCCAACCUGCCCAACUCUGCUCAUAGCUGCCAAGUUAUCCCUUUUUAAAAGGGAUUUUCCCUUAUGCUGAAUAGGCUUCCUUGCGAGAAAAGGGAAAACUUGGCAGCUAUGACUCUGCUGCAGCCUCUCUGCUGGAGAGGAGGAUGGCAUAAAAUGCCUGCCCCCUGGGCCUGAGGGAAGCCUUCCCCAACCUGGUGCCCUCCAGAUGUUUUGGACUGCCACUGUCAUCAGCCUCAGCAUCAUACAGCCAUGUUGGUUGGCUGGGGCUGAUAGGACUGCUAAUCCAGUGUUUCUCAACCUUUUUUGGGCAAAGGCACACUUGUUUCAUGAAAAAAAUCACAAGGCACACCACCAUUAGAAAAUGUUAAAAAAAUUAACUCUGUGCCUAUAUUGACUAUAUAUAAAGUAAUUCUCCCACGGCACACCAGGCAACAUCUCGCGGCACACUAGUGUGCCGCGGAACAGUGGUUGAGAAACACUGUGCUAAUCCAUAACAUCUGCAGAGCUUGGCAAAGGCUGCUUAGAUAUCAGUUAUAAUCUGCAAAAGUGAGAGAUCCCAUUCUCUGAAGGAAGGCUCUUGGGAUCAGAGGUUGUGGGGGGAAGGCUUAGUGUUUCUACACAGAAGCCUCCAGUCUGUUCCGAGUAGCAUGACUCUCCAGACCACGAGGGUCUCUGGCUUCUUUCUCUAGCUCCCGACUUGGACGCUCCUUUUGGCUGUUUGUGCGGCAGGAAUCGGAGGCACCUUUCAAUAUGGGUACAACGUUUCCAUCAUCAAUGCACCCACUCAGCACAUCCACAAGUUCCUCAACGACACCUGGCAGAGGCGUUACCAGGCAGAGCUCAGUUCCAGCAUGCUGACACUCCUCUGGUCCACCAUUGCUUCCAUUUUCUCCCUGGGAGGGCUCUUUGGGGCUCACCUUGGAGGCAGCCUGGCCAUCCACCUGGGCAGGAAAGGAACUCUUUUAAUGAACAACUUUAUUGCCAUCCUGGCCGCCAUCCUCAUGGGAGUUAGUUUUCCAGCCGGAUUGUAUGAAUUGCUGAUUGUUGGGAGAUUUCUGAUUGGUAUAAACACAGGCAUUGGACUCUGUGUGCAGCCUCUCUACAUAGGCGAGGCUGCCCCUAAGCAUCUGCGAGGCGCGAUGGUCAUGGGCAGCUCCAUCUUCCUGACAGGGGGGAUUCUAACAGGACAGGUGAUUGGCUUAAGGGAGUUACUUGGCGGAGAGGCCUACUGGCAUUUACUGCUCUCAAGCAGCUGCUUCCCAGCCUUCAUCCAACUCUUGACCCUACCCUGGUUUCCAGAAAGUCCCCGGUUUCUCUUCAUUGACCAAGGGGAUGAGAUGAAAAGCAUCAAAGCAAUGAAACGGUUCCAUGGCCCUUUGAACUACCAGGCAGAAAUGGAGGACAUUCAGAAGGAACGCUUUGCACUUGGUGGUGAGGCAGCCAAGAAACCCUGGCAACUCUUCACUGACCGCAGCAUCCGAUGGCAGCUCAUCACCAUCAUCCUCUUGCCAAUGGGCCAGCAGCUCAGUGGGAUCAAUGCGAUUUACUUCUAUGCAAGUUAUGUAUUUGAGGAAGCUGGGAUUCCCCGAGAAAACAUUCCUUACGUGACCCUUGGCACUGGGGCUUGUGAGUGCCUCACUGCUCUCACCUGCGGCUUGCUCAUUGAGUCUAUGGGAAGAAGGGUCCUGAUCCUGGGAGGCUACUCCCUGAUGACCUUUUGGUGCAUAGUGCUGACCUUUUCCCUGACGUACCAGGUGUACUCGUGGGCGCCCUACCUGAGCAUGGCCUGCAUAUUUGCCUUCAUCUUGAGUUUUGGUCUUGGACCAGGUGGGGUGACGAACACUUUGACCACAGAAUUAUUCACCCAGUCUUCGCGCCCAGCUGCUUACAUGAUUGCAGGCUCGGUGAGCUGGCUCAGCUUCUUCACUAUCGGGAUGCUCUUCCCCUUCAUUGUGAAAGGUCUCAAGCAGUACUGCUUCAUUGUGUUUUUGCUAGAAUGCUGCUUGGUUGUCAUUUUCAUCUCCUUUGUUAUUCCUGAGACAAAGAACAAAACCUUCCUGGAAAUUAAGAGAGAGUUCCACAAGCUCAACUUUGGCAGAACCAAGGAACAAGAGGGAGAACUGUGUGAGAGACAACAUCUUAGCAAUGAGUUCUAAAGGGUGGAACAUAGCCGUGAGGUGCAGGACCUUGCCAGCUGUGCCAGGGAACGCUCACGCCAACCGACUCUGCUAGCAGGCCAACCGUUGCUCCCCAACACUAGCAACGCCCCCCCCCCCGGCUGACUAGAGAGAAGUAGGCUGUUCUUGCUGCCAGGGCUUUUUCUCCCCCACCCUGUCCCUCCUUAAACACAUUUUGUAUCCUGCACAAGGACUCAGUUCAAUAAAGUCAGCUGUUCAUCUAAGUGACUGUCUUUACUGCUGAGCCACAAAGCUGUGAGAUGCAGCCUGGAAAAAUCAAGGUAGGACAACCAAACGAAAGGUGACCAGCUCAGCAAGGAAAGCAUCUCGGGGGCUGAGAUACCCAGUGGGCAUCUUUUGUGACGGAGUAUUUGGAGGAGGGGGGGGGAAGGAAUGGUGUCCAGGGAAGAAUAAACAGAGACCUCACCCUUUACAUUUCCUUCAAUGUAAC